AUGAAACAAUUCACCUCGCCUCUCCUGCUCUGCCUCGCCUUUGUCGUUGCUGAAUUGACUGGGGCAGUCUCGUCUGGACAAGAUACUCCUGCAACCUUGCUGCACGACUCUCAAAAUGAGAGCAACGCAGUGAGCUACCUAACCUCCAAGAACCAUCAACCUGACUCGGUUUUCACUCAAGCCGUCCAUCUUCUCCAAUCAUUAAACACCUCUCCGUCCUGCAAUCGCCUUGCCGCAACCAAGCUAGUGACAUCGUGUCAAGAGCUCGGCGGGAAAAGCCACUCUGAUCCCCAUACCAACCAGGAACUUGAUCUAACCCGCUCUAUAUACGCUGCACGUCUAGCAAUUUGUGAACUCGAGGGAGCCUCUGCUCUCAUUCCGCAGCCAUGCAUCCCAGUGGCAGUUACGAUGCCGACACAGUCCACCUCUUCCCACUUUAAAUUCUUCCGCAGGUUCACGCCUACCAAUCCCGACGAGAAGGACCUGUCGAAGCCGGAGUUGGAACUCUGUCUGAAGACUUUAGAGUCUCGUCCUCAGUGGUGGACAUCGUACAGCAACAACCGCCAAAAUGCGAUGAUCAUCUGCCAAGCGUCGCGCACCGAGACUGAAAAAGAUGAGAUUCUCAACCUGCAUCAGGCAAUCGCAGAGGGGUCUAUCAAACUCAACGAGGGCCUGCAGGAAGCUCUGCGCCAGGCGGAAAAGAGCGCAGCUGAGCAGCAAGAGUUCCUUCAACGUGUGCUGGCGCUACAGCAACAAGUUUCGAAAGAACUGGACGAGGAAAGAAGGGCAGUUGAGGGUAUUUUCGACAAAGCCAUGAGAAGAAUGGAACACGGCUUUGAAACUGUCAAUGCAGCGAUCAGCACGACGCUGGGCAGAUUGCACACGGAGUCGUUGGUCCUGAAGCAGGAUAUACAAACCUCAUCCUCUGAGGUGAAAUCGCUUCAGCAAGCGUUGCUCGCCGCUCAUCAGGAAACCAUUACCAGAAGUCAUGAACUUGCGCAGUCGCAGCAGCGAGACUCAAUCGCCGCCAAAGCAAUUUCUUCCGACCUUCAACAUUCUCUCCAGUCCUUGGCGGACACCGACAUAUCCGACCUUUCCCGUCAGAUGGCCAACAUGGACCAAGCGUUGGAAUGGCUCACCAACCGCUUAAUCGUCGCCCUCGAACAAGAAAGUAAACUGGCCGAGCGACUCCGAAUCAUGGACCGCUCCGUGGACCAAACACAAUCCAAAGCCGUCGAGCUCCAACGCAUCCAACACUUGCAAACGCAAGAGUUAUCCGCCCAGCAAAAAGCCCAAGAACACAUUCGACUCAAUGCCCAAGUAUCACAAGCUUUGCUAGACAAAGCCACGACUUCGGCCGCUAACCUUCACACUCUCCUUGACGAGGCCGCACUCAAGUUCAAACAGACGCCCGGUCUUCACCAGACUGGUCUAUCGGGUUGGACUCUGUGCAUCGUGAUACUCAUUCUUGUGGGGGUACAGAACUUCAAGGCUGCGUGGGGGCUGGUAUUUUUCAUUUUUGGGCAUUUGAUCGCUACGACAGUUUUCCCUCUUCUUAGAGUAUAUCGUUCUUCGUUGUUGCCCCUUUGA